CCCAUCAUCCAUUCUUACACCGGAGCACGUGGUAUUUUUCCAGCGGAAAAGAGAAGCCUCGGGUGAAAUAACCGGCAAUAAUUGUGUGGUGUCUUCUUCGAAUCGUCCUUCCUCUCAUUUCUGUGUUAAAAUUUUCAGGCUAAUUGCAAUUACGUGCGGAAGUGGACACGGCGUUUGAAACCACGAAAGCGCACACAAGCUCUCCUGCAAGUAAUCGGCCUUUUUAAAUGCAGCGGGGAAUCGUGAGAUCUGGCGUUCUGAGUCCUAACAACUUGCUGAAUGCGAGAAAAAGUGAUCGGCGCACCAUGCUUUGUGUGAAUUGUUUCGGCUAUCGUUCAUUGGAAUAAACAGGCGAUAUAAACACACGAGCGAAGUUGAAAAUAAUGACGCUGCGUUGGCUGUGAGUGACAGAGAAAGGUCUCAGUUCUGACAGCUAGAUUCUUUGUUGGCACAGCAGCCAAUCGUUGAUUUUUACGACACAAUAGUGUGGCCAAACUUGUAGUAUAAAAAGCCGUGUUGGAAUAUAUGAGAUUUACCAGUGCGCUUGGCCAUAUCCCAGCCCACCAGCCUCUAACACACUUUUUUUAACUGGAGGCAGAAGAGGACCCAGCAAAAGACUUGGGAACAUGCAAGCAUCACAAGUGCUCAUUUACCUGGCUCUCUUUGGUGCACUUGCCCGAGUGGGUGGCAGAGAUGGCGCGCACGCGAAUCUGACAGAUAUUAAAACGGAAUCGCACGAAAAAGGGCCAGAUAGUGACUAUAACGUGUCCGAGUGUUCAGCUUGUAGGUGGAGGAAGGAGAAUAAAGCACUGAGACUGGAGUCUAUCAAAUCGCAAAUUCUGAGCAAACUGCGCCUCAAAGAAGCACCCAACAUUAGCCGGGAUACAGUGAACCAACUUUUACCGAAAGCUCCUCCUUUGCAACGACUUCUUGAUCAAUAUGAUAUCCAAGGGGAUGACAAUAAUGAUGCCUUAUUAGAAGAGGAUGAUUAUCACGCUACCACCGAAACCCUCAUCACCAUGGCCACGGAACCUGAACCUAGUGUCCAAGUCGAUGACAAACCGAAAUGUUGUUCCUUCAAGAUCAGCCCUAAAAUGCAGUUCAAUAAAGUAGUCAAAGCCCAUCUCUGGAUAUACCUGCGGCCAGUGAGACAAACUACAACGGUAUUUAUGCAGAUUCUACGACUAAAGCCAGUGGGACAGGAAUGGACGAAUCACACCCCAAUUCGCUCUUUAAAAUUCGACAUUAACUCUGGCACUGGUCAUUGGCAAAGUAUAGACUUCAAGCGCGUACUACAGAACUGGCUUAAACAACCCGAAUCAAACUGGGGAAUCCAAAUCAACGCGUCUGAUAUCAACGGACUCGACUUGGCUAUCACCUCCCCGGGCGUGGGAGAGGAAGGAUUGCAACCGUUUCUCGAAGUAAAGGUGACAGAAACAUCGAAGCGAUCCAGAAGGAAUCUUGGGCUUGACUGUGAUGAGCACUCAACUGAAUCGCGCUGCUGUCGUUAUCCGCUCACCGUAGACUUUGAGGCUUUCGGUUGGGACUGGAUUAUCGCGCCCAAGAGAUACAAAGCCAAUUACUGCUCAGGACAAUGCGAGUACAUGUUUCUGCAAAAGUUCCCCCACACCCACCUUGUACAGCAGGCCAACCCGAGGGGUUCGGCGGGACCCUGCUGCACCCCGACGAAGAUGUCACCUAUAAACAUGUUAUACUUUAACGGAAGAGAACAAAUCAUCUACGGAAAAAUCCCAGCGAUGGUAGUCGAUCGCUGUGGCUGUUCCUGAGAACGACCAAAAAAAGACAGGAGUUUGCGUCCUUACGACUCGACGUGCGAUAUACGGUCGUGCCAACGAUUGUCUGCAUCACCCAGAACUGUGCAAUAGGCAAAGAAGAGAUUGUAUUUGUGUAUGAAUAACAUGGGCCGAACAAGAACAGCGAGAUUCCGACGUGCCCAAAAUGAAUUCAACGGCCCGGUACACUAUUCCAUUUCAAAACAGAGGGACGAGUAUACAUUUUUAGCAAGGACACAACAUCCCACAGAAAACAAUUUAAAUCUGAAUAUGCGCGAACAAUUUCACUUCCAAAUUUGACGGCUUAAUUAAAGGUAGAAGGCGUUUCCAGUGUAUAGAAAAAAAUGUCAUUGCAUGUGUUUAAAACAAACGAGUUCAGAAGAUUUUUGAUAUAGACUUGACACACCACUCCCCAGAGGGUUACCUGAUCAUCAGCCAAUAUAUAAACUGUAUUCGUGUUUAUUGCAACAGAUAAUAACGUUCGACUUCAAUAUUUAACUCUUGGUUCGGAUAAACAGAGCAUUUACAUUAUCAAGUCGUCUGAACUACUCUAAACUUGAAUUUUAUGCAUUGGCAUUACGGGAAAGAUGGACUGUCUUUCGAAGCUAACGGAAGCACUAUGUCUGUGGACAAUGUUUAAGGCAAAAAGAUACAGGAAAACCACAAGUCUGUUAAGUGUUAAGACCCUGUUUGUAUUCCGCCUUGGCAACGUUACGGUUUGCACUAUGGCAUGCCAAUAGAGAGAACUGAAUUGGUUGCUACAAAGUUGUAAAAACUGAAUUUGAUAUGAUUGCUUGUUCGUUGAAUAAUGUGUUCAUGACAUUCAUUUUGUAAAUGUUCUUUUUUUUUUCCUUUCAUUUUUUUCCACGGUUGGUAUGCUAUAACGUGUCAAUGAAGAGCAACAUGUGUUACGUACUCAAUGAAUAAAUGUGCUUGCUAUUGCUGUAUCUCAAAUACAAUGCACGACAGAAACCACACCAGGGAAAACAGUAUAGGAAAGGGACUGAUAACUUGUGCGGAUUCUGAGCAGCAUACGGAAUUGGAAUGGGCGCACUGGCGCAGCGAUCUCAUUUCCUGAAGUCCAAGAAGCACCGGUUGAUGACAGAAUAGAGAUUCAUGAAGAAUAAGAUAUUGUACAGAAUCAACUUUGUACAUUAUUCGGCUCGGGUCAUUGUAUCAUUCACAUUAAAGCAAUUAUUUUAUUAAAUAUACAAUUUAAAACU